AUGUCUCCUCCUCGCUUCGAGCGCGCCGACACGCUGGACUCGUCCUCGCCCAACCCCCCGUCUACCCCCUCGCAGCAGCAGCGCGGCAAUGCCUACUCGAAUGAUGGCGCCGCCCCGUCGCUGCUCUCGGGCGCCGCCAACCCGACGUUUGCCUCCUUCUCGCCCGCCACGCUGAGCUCGACCACCCCGACUGCCACCUCGGCGGCCAAGCGGAGGAGCACCAUCUUGGUGCAUCAAAAGUCGCCGCUGCUGCUUGCCACCCCGCCCCAGAUCACCCGCGCGCUGGCCUACAGCCAUCCGUUCCUGCUGCCGCUGAACCGCAUGGUCGGCCUCCUUACCUGGACAACGGGCGACCCGUGGGAGAGCUUCCUGCUCGUAGUCGCAUUCUGGGCCUCGGUCCUGUAUGGAGAUACCGUGGUGCGUCUGACAGGGCCCGUGGUUUUGGUGCUGAUCCUCAUUGGCGGCAUGUACGGCCGGCGCUUCAGUCCCCUGAGCAGCAGCGGCUGGAGCGAGCCGGGGUUGGGCGGAGGCGAUGGGAUAGCCACGGGCGCCGAUGCAAAGAUUAAGAAAAAGGCCAGCAAGAGUAAGAACCUGUCGGUCGACGGCCUGCCCGAGAAGAAUGGAAAGGCAGCCGCAGGAGGCGCGCCAGCGGGCGGCGGCGGCCACCAGCGGAACCAGGGGUCAAUCUCUGAGAUCACGAACACACGCCACCAGAAGACGCUGGACGAGAUAGUCGAGACACUCAAGGAGUUUACGGCGCGGUGCAACAUCUUGCUGGAGCCAUUGCUCGAGCUGACCGACUUCCUCAGCACGCAACGGACGCCGACGUCGGCCACGACCAGGCCGGCCCUCACUACACUGUUUGUCCGAAUCCUCCUCUGCACUCCGUUCUGGUUCCUCCUCACACUCCCACCACUCCGCAUAAUCACGACCCGACGUGUGAUAUUAUUGUUCGGCACCCUGAUUCUCACGUGGCACGCUCGUGUCACGCGCGUGGCGCGCGGCAUCCUCUGGCGCAGCGCCAGCAUCCGGAGGCUCAUGGAGCUCAUCACGGGUCUGCAAUUCGAGGGCCCGAGGAAAGCCCAGCCCGCGCCAGCCAUUCCCUCAACCGAGACGUCGAAUGCGAGCACCUCGACGGUGUCGGGUGCCAAGAUAUCCACCGCCAACACCACGAAGGCCCCCCGCGAGUCAGAGCUGACAAAGGCUCUACGGCGGGCUCGAGGCGGACACGAUGCCGGCGUUCGCUUCACCUUCAUCAUCUACGAAAACCAGAGACGGUGGGUUGGUUUGGGGUGGACUACCAGUCUCUUCGCCUAUGAGCGGCCGGCCUGGACGGACGAGCACAACAACAGUGUCCCGCCGCGAGACGAGUUUGAACUGCCCGAGGUCGAGGACGGCAGCAACAUGAGGUGGCAGUGGGUCGAAGGCUCGCGAUGGCGCGUGGAUGGCGUCCCGGACGAGGCCGUCGUGCCCGAGGACAAGGACAAGGAGUGGGACUACGACGGGUCUGGGGGGAGGAUGGGGUGGGUAUACUACGACAACAAGUGGCAGAAUGGUCGCCGCGGCCAGGAUGGAUGGGGGCGGUGGACACGGCGGCGGAAGUGGUUCCGUGACGCGGAGCUCGUUGAAGCUGACGAUGCCGUCGAGCCGCCGCCCGCCGAACUGCCGGCGGCUGAGGCGGCUGUUGCUGCCCCGGUUUUGGAUGUUGCGGAGCCGUCGCCGUCGCCGCCGGCGCCGUCGCUUCCCCCACGGCCAGACGCGGCGGCAGCGGCAGUGGUGUCUGGGAACCCGAGCUUGAGAAGCUAUGGGUCUUCAACCACGCCGGACACGCACUCUACGUCGCAGCCAGACGACCGGGACAAAGAGCGGGAGGAGGAGUAUGACUCGGCGUCUAUGCUCUCGACGUCGAGCAGAUCGAUGCGCUUCAAGCCGCCUACGCUCCGGAGGCGCGUGACAGACUCGUCCCAUAGAAGCCGACGUGCGAGCGCGGUGGCGAGCGAAGACGAAGCUGCCUCGUUGGGCACGAAGCUCAACCUCGCCCUACAGGACGCGGGGACCGAGGCGGGCAGCUGGGGUGUCGGCGAUGAGAUCCGGAUGGGCCUGGAGUGA